AUGCAGCCUCCAUACCCGUGCCCAACACCCACAUGGCACAACGAUGUCUAUCCUGCGAUUGAUGCCACUCAGCCUGGUCUUAGCCAAGCUGGAAAGACUGUUGUCAUAACAGGAGCUGGUAGUGGAAUUGGACGCGAAACCGCGUUGACUUUUGCUAAAGCUGGAGCCAAACAUUUGGUGCUAAUUGGUAGGACCGAGGCGGAUUUGAUUGAGACCCAGAAGCAAAUCCCCGAGAAUACAGCAACCAGCUCAGUUUUCGCCAUCUCAGUCACCGAUGAAGCUGGAAUUAGAAAAGUGGCCGAGGCAGUUGGCACGUGGGAUGUCCUAAUUUUGGGGGCAACACAUAAGGGCAUCAAGGGACCCAUCGUGUCUACAAAUAUUUCUGAGUGGUGGGAGUCAUAUGAGACGGGCGUUAAAUCCAUCCUCUAUAUCGCCCAGGCUUUCUUCCCGAACGCAAACCAAGCGAACGCGUAUGUUUACGCACUUACAUCAGGGGCAUUGGUUCUACCAGUGUCUUGGAUUACGGGUCAAUCGGCGUACCAAAGUGCCAAAGUAGCACAGGUAAAGGUCAUUGGAUUUCUAGCAAAUGAAAAUCCAGGCAUCUUCUUCUGUUCCGUGCACCCUGGCAUGAUAGACACUAAAACUUUCCGGGCCUCCGGCGCCGAUCCAGCUACUCUACCUAUGGACUCUCUUGCUUUGCCUGCCAAUCUUUUAGUGUGGCUUUCCCAGCCAAAAUCAAAGUUCUUGAAUGGGCGGUUCAUUUGGGCUAAUUGGGAUGUUGACGAACUUUCUGCUCAAGCCGAAAAGAUUCAAAAUAGUUCUAUCUUCACAAUUGGUUGUGAUGGAUGGCCUUUUGCUGGCGCACAAUAG